AUGAGAUAGAUGUCAGAGUACUGCAAGCAAUCAUUUUUAAAGAAUCAAAGAGUGAUGCCUUAAAUCCUGAAGAAAGGGGCCGAAAAAUAGAGUAAAUUCUUUAACAAUUUCGGAUCUAAGAGAGGUUUUUCCAGCCGAGGUGGAGGGGACAGGUUUAAUAAUUUCCUAGAAAAUUUAGCUAGUCGCAUACCAGGUGGAAACAUAGGAGCAGUCAUCGUAGCCAUUAACACCUUCUGCUAUUUCAUGUAUUUGAUAUGGCCGCGCUACCAAAUGUACUCCUACUUGAAUAACUUCACAUUCUCGAAGUUUAAUCUUAACCAAGGUAGACUUCAUACAUUCUUUACAAGUCAUUUCACACACAUGAGUUUCCUCAGCUACUUACUAGACUCAGUAAUUAUCUACCUAUUCUGCCAAAACCUUGGCAUGAUGUUUGGGCCAGUUUUCGUGCUCAAGAAUAUUCUACUUUCCAUGUUUAUGGGCAACUUCUUAUUGUUCCUUCAACAUCAAAGCUCUAAUGGAAUGCUCAGACCUUUUUACGGAAAUGAUUCAAUUCUUAGAGGACUUAUCUUUACAAUUAUCUUCUAAAACCCUCAAGCGAGUUUCUAUAUGUUCCCUCUGCCUAUAUAAAUCCCAGCUUGGGGAAUCGCUGCUGUCUUAUUAGGUCUAGAUUUCUUAAGUUUCAAUGUUGCUGCAUUCGGUGGAGUGUCUGCCUCUUACCUGAUGGUUAAUUACUUUCUCUGA